GCAGUAACAGGAGUGAUGACAGGCUGCGUUUGAAGGGGAACAGCGGGUGGGCGGUUCCCUCUGUUUGACCACUGCGCUGUGCACCACAUGGAACUAUAUUCGUUUUUCGAUUUCCAGUGAGGAAACCAUAACUUGUUAUUUCAUAAACACAAGGGGCACUGGGUCAUCAUGAUUUUUGUUGAAUUGUAGUUUUUGUUCCAUGCUUAACUUUUAGUGCACGCUAUCGGGAAUAACAAUAACACUAUAACAACCAACAGAAACCCACAGUGUGGAAACGUUUAGAGAUGUCCUCUUGGUAGGCUACUGUAAUAGGGUUUAUUUCCGUCCUGUCAUUGUAUAGUGCGUCUCCUCGGUGUCCCACGUGACCAGACCGGCCCAGGGCAGAAUUAAUCAGAAUUUAAUUUUAUUUCUCCGGACCAUGUCGCCUCUCUCUGGACGCAAACGUUUUACGCGCAACAGACUGAACAAGUGAUACAAUUCAAUUUCGAGCGACUUUUGGUGAAAGUUUGUGAGGAACAAACAUGAUAAACACUAGGAGGAACAGUUGUCGUGGAAGUAUUUCUGGAAACAGUGGCCCAGCGACUCACUGUAGAUAUGAGGUUUCGACCUCUGCGCGCCGCCGGUCUCUGUCCGAGGGCCCUGCGCGCCGCAGGGGCUCCAGCUGCGCCUACUCUGUCUUUGGACCACCGAGCGACGAUUACGCGUCAAGUCUGAAACAGACGAUAUUCACCAUCACGAUCCGGUUCAUGUUGGCAGUGGAUUUGUGGAUCUCAAAGAAACUGGGCGUGUGUGCCUGCGAGGGGUCUUCUUGGGGGGGGAUUCGGCCCCUGGUGAGACUCGUGGAAAUCUCUGGACACGGGAUCCCCUGGUUUAUUGGCACACUGUACAGUCUCCUGCGUGGGGAGACCAUCGCGGAGAAGGAGAUCAUGUUGAAUCUCGCUUUCGCUCUGCUGCUGGACCUUCUGCUGGUCAGAGUGGUGAAGAGGUUUGUUCGACGCCGUGUCCCGCCGCAGACCCGCUCCGACAUCUUCUCCUCCUUCUUCGUGGAGCGCUACUCCUUCCCGUCGGGCCAUGCGUCGCGGGCCGCCAUGUGCGCCCGCUUCAUCCUGGUGCAGCUGGCGGACACGACGGCCAUGCGCGUGCUGGUGCUGGGCUGGGCGGUCGCGGUGAGCCUGUCCCGUCUGCUGCUGGCCAGACACUACGUGACGGACGUCGGCUUCGGGCUGGCGAUGGGCUACUGCCAGUACAGUGUGGUGGAGAGACUGUGGGUGACACGGGACCUCCUGCUGGACCUCCUGCUGACGCUACUGGGACGGCUGGCGGGGAUCAUAACCUAUAUAACAGAGCUAUACAUGAGAUAAAGAGAUGAACAACAGAUAAAGAACCCAAGUAACAGAUAAAAGAAUGUAUAUAACAUAAAGGAAGUUACAUUACCGAUAAAGAACCAAUAUAACAGAUACAGAACCUAUAUAACAGAAAAAUAAGUUAUAUAACAGAUAAAGAAAACCUAUUACAGGUAAAGGAAAGUAUAUAAAAGAAAAAGAUAGAUGCAAAAACACACGAUAUUUACAUAUCUGGCAUUCAAUAUCCACUUUAGUCAAAUUCGUAUUUUUUUCUUAGCUGUAUGAUUAGUUCUGGUCCCAUGUGUGUGUGAGCAGACCCCAGCCAUUGAGGAGGAUGCGGUUCAUAGUAGGCCUAUUCAUUGGAGAUACAGCAAUAUUCUACCACAAAGAUAUGAUCAUUUUAUUUUAUUCUGACUCCUGUUCUGCAGAAGGUUCCUGUUCUACAGCACAUAUAACAGGAAAAAAGGCACAUCACACGUCAAAUUUACCUACAGCACGUAACAGGAACAUAGCAUGUCAAACAUCAGACUGAACACACACAGUGGUCUAAACCUUCAGUAUUUGCAAGUGUAGGUACUGAGGAGUAACAGUUGGUGCAUUUUUGGAACUGUGUGAUGGAUUGUAAUGCUCUAAUGUGUUGAGGGAUUCCCUUCCAGACUUUGGUGAAAGCAUGCAUGAAGGACCUCUGCCCUAGCCAUUAUGGUAUGCAGGCACUGGGUGGAGUGCCAUGGCAACUCAUCUAGUGAAAUGCACUUGGGGCACGUUUUGCGUUGGUAAGAGAGAGAUGAGUGUUUGUGAGGUACUGUGUUAGAGUUGAAAGUGAAAUCUGAUAGCAUGAGCGUGAGUGCAGUGCAGUGGUGUGUCCAUUUUUUGUCCAAAGCUUGGUUGUAUAGCCGUGCGAUUGGUUCAGUAACUUCCUCUGUGGUGAGAGAUAUUGGUAAACAGUAAGAAAUGUGAGAGAAUACAAUUGCCUGCAGGUAGGUUUCGGAGACAAUAGAGGAUAGGUGUGUUCUAAUGUUGUUAUAUACGUAUGGUUUCUGAUUUAACUUUUUAGUUAACUUGGAUAUAUGGUCCACGAUGUGUGAGGUUUGAGUCAAGUAACACAUCCAGAAACGUAUAUGUUUUGGCGAUAGCAAGAUUUUGAUUUUAGAAUAUGAUAUGACUGGUGAAGGACAAAUGCUUUCUGGAUGAGUGGAAAUGUGUACAUUCAACAUUAAUGGUUAAGUGAUUCUCAUUCAACCACUGAUGCAAGUUUUGGAGAUCAGAUGACAGUUUGGACUUUUUAAAAUUAUGUUGAUUAUUUUUGCCUGUUGGGUUAUCAAAGCAGGGCUUUAUUCUUUCAAUCUGCCUAUCAAAAUGAGCACGUGGACAAUUAUGAAUCUUUGUGGUUGCAUAAGAAAUUGUGCGCAUGCGAGACAUGGCCUAAUUGCACAACACAGCCGCUUGCACCAGCCAAAGUAACUAGUGGACUUCCUUGGUCCAACUCGGUCCCAUAUGAUAGGCACUGGUGGCCUGAUAUGAAUGUUGACUAUAGUGCCCUGGUAUGACUGUUGACUAUAGUGCCCUGGUAUGACUGUUGACUAUAGUGCCCUGGUAUGACUGUUGACUAUAGUGCCCUGGUAUGACUGUUGACUAUAGUGCCCUGGUAUGACUGUUGACUAUAGUGCCCUGGUAUGACUGUUGACUAUAAUGCCCUGGCAUGACUAUUGACUGGUGGCCUGGAAUGACUGUUGACUAUAAUACCCUGGUAUGACUCUUGACUAUAGUGUCCUGCUAUGACUGAUGACUGGUGGCCUGGUAUGACUGUUGACUGGUGGCCUGGUAAGACUGUUGACUAUAGUGCCCUGCUAUGACUGUUGACUGGUGGCCUGGUAUGACUGUUGACUAUAGUGCCCUGGUAUGACUGUUGACUGGUGGCCUGGUAUGACUGUUGACUAUAGUGCCCUGGUAUGACUGUUGACUGGUGGCCUGGUAUGACUGUUGACUGGUGGCCUGGUAUGACUGUUGACUGGUGGCCUGGUAUGACUGUUCUCUGGCCAUCAUGCCGCCCACAGAGCAAAGGCCAGCAGGUGAGAGUGUCCUAGUAGACAUGCAGCCAUGCAGAGGCUAAAAUAAACCCACCCAGACCAAGAUAGUCCACAGAGAGCACAGAUGGCUAAUAAGAGUUUGUGUGUGUGUGUGUGUGUGUGUGUGUGUGUGUGUGUGUGUGUGUGUGUGUGUGUGUGUGUGUGUGUGUGUGUGUGUGUGUGUGUGUGUGUGUGUGUGUGUGUGUGUGUGUGUGUGUGUGUGUGUGUGUGUGUGUGUGUGUGUGUGUGUGGUUCGUUUUCCAGACAGUGAUUGAACGUGUUGGCAUAUAUGAACUAUCACAUCACUGCAAUGCCUCAGUGACCCAGAGCUGGCAGAGAGAGCAGAGGUCUGGGAACAGACAAUGGAAAUUGUUUCUUUUUUGGUCUGCUGUUUGUAUUGCCUGUGGAGGUAGGGGGGCGUGUUGUCGGGCUCUAUCUAGACCUACCUACCUAUAAGCUACAACUUAAACUGUACGUGAUGCUACACUGAUGUAUUUCUGUUUGCUGAUGACACUCUUGUGUUUUUAACGGCAUUAACUCACACCACCUCCUCCAAUCACUAUCUGUCAUACCCAUUUAGAUGAAGAAUAUAUCUUUCCAUUGAGUCACUAUGUGUGCUUGGUAGCCCAAUGGUGGACCUGAAAUGAGCUUAUGCAUUGUCUGUUUACCGGUACAGUUUGGCCCAAUCACUGCGCAACCAGACACUUAUAGACAUUGGC